UACCCGGGACCGACAACGACAUGGCCACGCUUACGUCCUCAUUGGCACGGCCCGCCAUAUCCUUCCAAUGCGCCAAAGUGAUAGCCCGCACCUCUCCUUCGACCAUCCGCCGAGCUCUAUCAACCCUGCCAAAUAACCCACACAUCUACAUCCAUCCCCACCCUACCACCUCCAAAGCCCACCUACUCACCUACCUUCCUACCACGCCACCCAAUCCCCACCUCGCAAUCGGCACCACCACCGCCAUCCCCCCCACCCCCGACUCCUUCGCAGAAAACCAUCACUUUCUCGAUCUCCUCCACACCACCAUUGCCACCCACGCGCCUCUAGACCCGGACGUCCAAGCCCAGGCCGCCAUGUACGCUUCUCAAGCCGGCUCCUACCUCGGGUCUGGCGGCGCCUUCUUCCCAGGCCAACAAACCCAACGGCAACGUCAGCGUCGUCAACGUGGACAAACUGGACGAACGACCAAACCCGAGUACGGUGGCGGAGGCGGAGCGGGAGGCGAUGGCGCAGGCGGAGCAAGUGCACAGGGCGGCAUGGGCGGAGCGGGAAGAGGCGGGUAUAUCCAUGUCAGCGAUCAAAGGAAUCCGCCUGAUUUUGGAAGGGUGGCGUGGCCGGAGGAUAUUUUUGGCAGUUUGGAGGUGGAUGGGGAGGGGAAGUUUGUGGAUGGUACCGGAAGGUAUCAGAAGAGCGGGACGUAUCGGAUUGUGACCAGGGAGGGCGUGCUGGGGCUUAGUGAAUAUCUGAGGAAGAGGGUGGUGGAGAGGUUGAGCGAGUUGGAGGUGCAGAUUAAGCGGAAUGGGUGAGCGAGGGAAGGAAGGGAACGACAAUACGCUGUCUUUUGGAGGGUGCGAACACGAGCGGGCUUACCGAGUUCGUGUACAACCAACUUCGUUGGCGAAGUCCGGAAGCAGCCUUCGGGAAUGUGUACGAGCGGUCGCCCCUAGUCGAUCCGGAGAUCCCACCAACACACUGUACAGACCACGCCGAAAGCAGGCAGGGCCGAUUUCUCCAACCCGCCAAGC